UUGGAUUUCCUUGGUAUAAUGUGGCCGAGGAUUUAUCUGUGUCUUCCCUUGUCGCUGUAUGUAUAUUCCAUAUUUUAUUGAACAAUUAUAGUUCUGCCAUUGUGACGAUUACCUAAGGUAAAACAUCAUCGUCUUUGUCACCUCCUUGAUGAAAUAGGUCCUCCGGAACGAUGCUUCUCUGGGUAACAGUUUUAAAAGUAUCUAUGACAUUUGCAGUCGGUUUGAAUUUAUGUGUUGUGAAGCUGCCUGGAUAUGGUGACAUCACUGACGACGCCAUACACCUGGCUGCGAUGACAUUUUCUGAUCAAGCAAAUGUCAGUUUGUCCGUAUCUAUAGCAACGCUCAAUCCAGUAUCAUUUUCAUCUAUCGCGGAACCAGACUGUUCAAUAUUCAACAUGACCUGCACUGGUCUUAUCACAUUUGCUGACUGCUCACAUGCCAUUUUCAUAGACUUUUGGGCUGAAGAACACGUGAUACCACACGUGAUGUUCACCAACAGAGCAUGUGACUUUGUCAGCUCGCAUGGAGUCAAGAUGAUCCCACACUUUACCACGCAGAAUAAGUUGAUAUCGGACAUUGUUGUCCAAGAAGAAUGGUCUGACGUUGUUAUAAUGUACGAUUCUCUUCUAGAAAACAACCAACUGGCUGACCUUUUGAACAGACUGUCGGACAGUUUUGUAGGAACAACAGUGAUUGACCUGUCUGAAGCAAGGUCAAUCAGCUCAACAGUGACCGAGAGCAUAAGGGGCGUCUCAACUGUCCAAUAUAAGAAUAUAGUUAUUGUAGCUACGGACGCAACAGUGAACGAAUUAAUAAAACAGGCCUACCAACAUAAGAUACUCGGACAGAAGUACUUCUGGAUAGUUGUAUCGGACAGCCUGACAUUCCCAACCUUGACCUCUAUGUUAAGGGAACGCAGUAACGUUGUCAUCAUAAGGACAGAUGACGCCCCAGGCUCAUGGGAUGAGUGUGACAAGCAUGUACCGUUAUCGUGCCCUUUGUACAACCAAUCCCAGGUAUAUCUGAUGGAAAUACACGACGCAUUCCAUAUUAUUGUGCAUUCCACGCAACAGAUCUCACACCCAGAUCUGCUUCUCAACCUGGGUCCAGGGUGCUCCGAUGGAAUUGUAUCAGAGAAAGAUCCCCAGCUUGUAUCAGGGAAAAGGGAAUUGGUAAAUAUUAUCAGAAAGACGUCUUUUGUCGGAAAAACCAGACAUUACAAAUUUGACGACGCCGGAUAUGUGACAGCGAGGAGCUACAAUAUCGUCAGCACAUCUGACAAACGUCCAAAAUGGUUCCAUAAUGUCGGCACUUGGUCAGAGGAAGGUCGUCUAGAAGUAUUUGAUGAAGAGAUAUUCGAAAAUACAUUCAGAAACUUUGGAAAUACAACAUUAUUAAUCGGAUCUCAAGAGGCCCUCCCAUUUGUUGUGAAGAAUAUCAUUGAUAAUAGGACCGUUUUCACUGGCUUCUGCAUCGACAUACUUGAUGAACUGGCGCUCAGAUUUAAUUUCAAUUACACAAUCGUUGAACCCUCAGACAGGAUAUGGGGUGCACCAAUAAAUGACAAAGGCGAUUGGAAUGGCAUCGUUGGAAUGAUCGUAAGAAAGGAGCUGGAUUUCGGUGCAGGUCCGUUUACCAUUACAUCAAUACGGGAAUCGGUCAUAGACUUUACUAAACCUUUCAUGGAAGAUGGCGCUGGGAUUAUUACACGUAGACCAGAUGGAGAAUCCCAGAAGAUGUUCAAGAUGUUCACACCGUUUGCUCCCAUUGUGUGGGGUUGCAUUGUCAUCGCGAUUAUUGUAGUGAGCGUCUUACUCUACCUUGUCAACAGAUACAGCCCUUUUGCUGCUCAUAAGGUGUUACCAGAGUCAGGACACGCAGGUUCCCACGCUGAAAUGAUGAGCUUGAAGACGACAUUGUGGCUCAUCUACGGUUCCUAUAUGGAACAAGGUGGAGAUCCCCAUCCCAACAGCACUUCCGGCCGCUGUAUUCUUGGGUUUUGGUGGUUGUUCACCAUCCUGAUGGCCUCAACGUACACUGCCAACCUGGCAGCCUUCCUUACAGUCACCAUCGCCGAGAAGCCCAUCAAUAGUCUCGCAGAACUGGCUGCACAGGAUGAAAUGCAGCCUUUGGUCAAAUUUGGAAGUAACCUGUAUUCAUUGUUUAAGGACGCUGACAACGGAGUAUAUAAAGACGUGUGGGGAAAGAUGAGAGGCUAUCCUGUCGUGAAGAGUAAUGAUGAGGCCCUGCGACACGUGAGAGAUGGGACAAUGGCCUACAUGACUGACAGGUCACAGUUAGAAUACAUUCUGUUGCAUGACUGUGAACAAUACUCCCUGGCGGACGAAAUCUUCAACACUGCAGGACUCGGAUUCGUUGUCCCAGAGAAUUCCCCAUUUUUAGAAGCAUUUAACUAUAACAUAAUGAAAAUGCAGGAAGCUGGUUUGAUUGAUAAAUGGAAACAAAAAUGGUGGCCGAGUUCAGACAAGUGUAGCGGUUCAGAGAGGACAAGUUCGGCAACAAUACUAGGUCUUGACAGUUUGGCUGGACCAUUUCUUAUAUAUGCUUCUGUGGUGGGAGUGGCUUUACUGUGUCUCAUUUUUGAACUUGGGUUACAUGUAACUAAACUGAACAUGUUGUGUCAAAAGAUAAAGCAAUGUCAGUCAUCAGGAACACAGGAUUUAUCUCUGCACCGCACCGAUUCAAGGACGUAACGGGCAUUAGGAGUGACGCUGUGGUGUAACAGAUAUCUCUUUUUGUAAUCAACUGACUCGAGCGUGUAACCUUGUCUGACGAGUGGGGUUAAUGAUGCUUCAGCGUUAUUAAACGAUCACCUUGUGUUUGAUCAGGUGACUCUAAGGCAUAAUGAUAACCUGUGUAUUAUCAAAUAAAUAUUAACUGAUUCCGGGACAUAACGGUAUAAAUGUAAUAUACCGUAUUCGACGUAACAAGCGCCCAUGGCGCUCUCAAAAUAAGAAAUAUGGGGCUCUUUCUUAGAAUAUUAUUUUGGUGGAAAAAAAGAGAGUUGAAAGAUAAAUUUUGUGGUUUAUGCUGACAGCCUGAAAUGUUUAUAUACGACAGAUAUAUUUUUCCAGAAUUUAAUUGCCCACAAUUAAGGGUGCAUAUAACACACUAGUGCGUAUUAUAUACGAACAAAAAAGUCUUGUGAACAUUGAUCAAUCGGAAGGGGUGCGAAUUUGGAUUGUUCACUACUAGCCAAUAUAUUAGCAAAUAUCGCCAUGGGCGCUUAUUACGUCGAAUACGGUAUGUAACUAAUAUGUUGUAGAUUUCAUCAUAUUUAAUGUUAUCUACCCUGUCCUCUUCUUCACAUCAUGCUGCACUGACAGCAUGACGUCACAGUGUUUGAUAUGACGCCAUCUGCAUCUGUCAUAAUAGAUCCUGCUCAUAUUUACAGUUCACACUAUUUGAUAUCGUUACACAACCAUAUUCCACCUAACAUAUGUAUCUGUACUUGUGAACACGCAACGAUAACUUCGUAGUGUUGUAUCAAGUUUUCCCGUGUUUUUUUAGGUGAACACAUCACUUGCAUGUACAUAUGUUUGUGACGGGUGCCACCGGUCUGACAGGAUUCGUUCACCCUGGUGUCACCACUAUUUGAUAUUGAUCCACAAACACGUGCUUAUGAUGUAGUCGGAAUCGGAUUCGUCUGCAUUUAGCAGAUAUUAAUUAUGAUUAUGGAUAGGGUUUUGUCGCUUUUAUAUGCAUGUGUCACUAGGGGGGUGAAGGGGAUUUUACAAGCUGACCGAUCUUGUACACCCAUCCGGUCUCAUGCAGUUGGUAGGUCCCGUACACCCAGCUAGUCACAUAUGUCGCUCAUAUUGAUUAUGUAUAAUGUAAUACUACUCUCAUUUUUGUAGUGAUAUUGAUUUUGUUCUUAAAUACAUAUUUUGAUAAAAUGACGUUGUUGUUUUUACACAUUCAUUACAGUAUCAUUACAUAUAUAAAUUACAUAUAUAACUGUCUGUAAUGAUACUUGAAGGAUUAUUUUUAUAUAUCUCAUUCUGUUUGGGCACCUACUCCCAUCAGCUGUUAACGAGUGAGUGUAUGAAUGAUCUUUAUUUCCUCCAUUAAUUUCGGAGAGUGAUCUCCAUUUGUAAUCAUGUUGACACAACAUAUUUACAGGAAUUAUGCAGAGAAAUUGAAUGAUUCACUAUACUGAAUAUUUACAUGGCGUGAUCCUGGUAUGAGAUAUACUGUCUAUUGAUAGGUCAUUGAUCGCAGGUUCCAAGAGUUUAUUUCUCGUGAUAGAUAAGAUAUGAGUCAUGCCCAGCUGUCACGGCUCAUAUCCUCUACAACAGGGGUUAUACCACCUAGUAAUGUCACAAGUUUUACUUCCUCAACUGCACAGUCUUUAACACACUUGUAUUUGUUGUUUCCACAAAAUCAUAAUAGUAUCAUAUCAUAUUAUAUAUAUAA